CUCCCGUGCCCCAACGCACCGAGUAGAGGCUUCAGGACAUCUGUCUGCGUCUGGGAGUGGCACACCUUCUGAGAGGCGGGGCAAUGAGAAGAAGGGGGUGUGGCUGAUGUCAUCUAAGAAAGAAACAAGUGUCAAAAGGCAAUGCACUUUGCACAAACUUCCUCUACACGUGUGGAUGUCAGGAUUUUGUGAAGGGCUGGAACAGAACAUCCUGAGAACAGCAGCUCACAAAAGAGCCCGUGAGAGGAAUGAGAACUCCAGAGUGACGAGGCGUUUCAUUAAUGAGAGAUGCAGGAGGAGAGAAUGCUGAGAGAAUGACUGAGUGAUGCUGCUGCUGCUGCUGCUGCUGCUAAACACUGUGAGCUGCAGGAGGCGCUGUGACACAUCCAUCACACAAACCUGAAAUACUGAAACCCCAGCUGCAUGGCGAAUGACGUCACAAAGCACGGCGCAACAGGAAACGCACGCAUCCUCCUCCAGAGACACACACCCGAGCGCGCGGCCAAUGAGAGCGCGCCUCACGACUGCGUUGAAGGAGGAAACGCAUUUUAUAAGGUCAGUCUCUCAUUCCCACGCACGUUUACAGCAGGAGAAACGAGUUCAGCGAAAUACUACAGACAUAGAAGAGCCCAUCGACUGCUGCUUCUUCAAUCUUCACUCACUGAAACUCACAAACCCAUCGCGAUGUUUCCUGAUUCAACCACAGGGUACAGUUAUGAGGAGUGUAAGGCCACAGCUGAUUGGCUGCUGGCUCAGGCUCCAGUGCGCCCUCUGGUGGGGAUCGUGUGCGGCUCUGGUCUCGGUGGACUGGCAGAAAUGCUGAAAGAUCAGCUGGUGAUCAAGUACAGUGACAUCCCCAACUUCCCUCAGAGCACCGUUCACGGUCAUGCUGGAAAGCUGGUGUUCGGCACGCUUAAAGGAAAGCCGUGUGUUUGCAUGCAGGGCAGGUUUCAUCUGUAUGAGGGAUACCCCAUUCAGAAGACCACCAUGCCGAUCCGUGUGUUUAAACUGAUGGGAGUGGAGACGGUCAUCCUGACCAACGCCGCCGGCGGACUCAACCAGGACUUUAAAGUGGGCGACAUCAUGGUCAUAAAGGACCACAUCAAUAUUCCUGGAUUCGCUGGAAACAACCCGCUAGUGGGAGCAAAUGACGACAGGUUUGGCGUGCGUUUCCCGUGCAUGUCGGACGCGUAUGACCGCGAUCUGCAGCAGCUGUUUCAUUCGGUGGCGGCGGAGCUGGAUUACUCAGCGUUCAUGCAUGAAGGCGUGUAUAGCGUGUUGGGCGGCCCGUCCUUCGAGACCAUCGCCGAAUGCAGAAUGCUGCGCGUCCUCGGAGCCGACGCCGUAGGCAUGAGCACGGUUCACGAGGUGAUCGUGGCGCGUCACUGCGGGAUGAGGGUCGUGGCUCUGUCUCUGAUCACCAACCAGGCGGUGAUGGACUACGACAGCGAGAAGAAAGCCAAUCACGAGGAGGUCCUGCAGACGGGCGAGCUGAGAGCGAAGCAGAUGGAGAAACUCGUCUCCACCGUGGUGUCCCGCAUGGAGCUCCUAAACAACAAAACACUAAAAGCCUGUCAGUGAUCGUGCGAACACAUCUGCGCGCAGACCGCUAGUCGCUUGCUACAGAUAUUAGUCGUAGAUUUUCCUUUACAAUGUUUACAUUUCACACUGUACAAAAUUUUCACCAGUUUCAACUUAAAAACUUAAGUAGUGAGUUGAAAUAACCUGUAAUUUUAAGUUGAUUUAACUUAAUAUUUUAAGGCAGCUGCUGAACUUAAGUUUUUAAGUUGAAACUGGUAAAAACUUUUUACAGUGCAGGGACAAAGUGUUUUAGGGAACAUUUUGCAAUCAAACAAACCAGAAUGAUAAAUGGAGAGAUUUCAAACAAUCUUUUACUACUGCUCCUGUCAUUGCCAAAGUUAUUUUAUAGUAUCUCUGUUUUAAUAUCUAUUUAUUGUGUCGAAACGUCUUAAACGUGAUUUAUUUAAAACUUAAGUCAAACAAGUGGGAAAUAAUACAUAAAACAUGUCCAGUAAUGGAGAAAGUUGGGUUAUUUAUUUUUUAAAUAUAUAAAAAUAAUUAGAAACUGUUACUGAAUUCACUUUGAGGUACUGAAGUGAAAGAUUACUGUAUUUAUGUGACCUAUUUAUGUACACUUGAACUGUCAAAUCUUUGAAGUUGUUUUAAAUUGCACUAAAUGAUGGAGUACUUUGGUGUUUUAUGUGUCAGACUUUCACCAGCACUUUUCCCAAAACCUUUUAUUUUAUAAACCCGAACUUUGAAAUUGCACUGCAAGCUUUGAGUUUUAUAGUUGUUUCUAUAAUCUGCUUCAAUGCAAUAAAAAAUGAUAUUGUUGUACCAACA